ACACCAUGAAAAAUAUCCUUUUUAAAUUUCGAACGUGCCUAGACGACAAAUUGACUGGAUUAUAUGCACUCACUUCGGGAAUCUCAUUGUCUCUGUCGUUUGUACGAAGCCGGUAUUGCCAUCACGCUCUAAUUUUCCAGUUCACGCCUGCGCGUCGAGGGCUUUCCCGAAAGAUGAGGGUUAGUCGAAGCUUCGUAGGUUGAAAAUUUUCUCGCAAAAUAAUGUUAGGUAUUGCUGUUUCCCUACCUAAAACAUAAUUUUAAAAUAAUAUUAUAGUUGCUUUGGUAAUCAGUGUAGGUUCAACUGCUUAUAUCGCUGUAAUUACUUCACUCUUUUAGUAUUUAUUGAAAAAAGUAAUAAAUCCUAUAUGAUGUUAUUGUGAAACAAAACAUCUGAAAACACAAAAAAUACAUCUUCUAGAAAAUGUGACGUAACAUAAUAGAACUAUUAUAAUUUACAACAAUAUCAGUUACGCAAGAGGGGAGGCGCAGUAUAGGUAGCUUCGAUCGUCGGACGGGCUAGAGUCAGCCUCUGGAACCGGCGAGAUCUCCCGGGCGAACGUCGUGCGCGGACGGAACAACCCGGACGCCGGACAAAAUUCGAUCAGUGCCAUCGUAAUAAUUAAAAAAAGUAAUCGAACUGUCAAAAAAAUGCGUCUGCCGCGUUUCAGAGCUGUCACAUUUGAAUUUGGAAUUUAUUUCUUUUUUAUUCGGCCCGUGUGAGAGUGAAUGUUCCGUGUGUGAUUGUGACCUUUGUUUUAGAAAAAAGAAAUUUCUUUUUUUUUGUAGUGAACUGUGAUUUGUGAUAUCCGUUUCGGACAUGAGGUGUAUGGUAUUUAACGACGAGUGAGGUUCAGAAGAUCUUCUCUUCAAAGAUGAACUGACCUUUAAUCAAAUCGAAUAAUGAACGCUUGAACCAAUCAAAAUGACUAACGUUAAAUUAAAACUCAUGUUCUUCCUCCUCAACUCUCUCCUGACAGCGGACAUAGUCCACGCGAGGCCGUACUCUGACGGUAACUCAACAGACAUCGUCAUCAAGUUUGGUACCAAUAAUACUUAUAUACCCAUUGAUCCGAACUCUGAUACGUUAGAAGUAGCAGACGAAGACGAAAUAAGGGAAACGGAUAAAACGUCGAAAACUGAGCUAGAAGACCUUAUGACCGCUGAACAGGACAGAGACAUUGAUCUAUCUAAGAAGGUCAUGAAAGAUCAGACGAAGGUUCUUGAGAUACCGAGUGGGGAAGCUGGGGCCGUCGAGAAACAGUUGAACAUAUCAAGUAGUCUGCUAGAUGACAUCAUCAAUUCAGAAACAGAUCGGGAAGACACCAUCACAGACAUUCUUUUCAGACCAGAAUCGGAAUUCGCUGAAGACAUGCCAAAAUUUGAAUUCCUCAUUGCUGCGAAGAUAAAUGGCAGUGAGUUUACUACUCGUAACGUUAGUGAGUUUGAGAGAGAUAGGAACAGUAGUGAUGUGUUGAAGAAGGUGGACUACGUGGAGCUGGUGGAGGUGGCCAAACCUUCGAAGGAGAACAGGAGCGCGCUCAUGAUGAACAUCACUGGACAUGAAGUGGACAACGACUUGGCUCCCGAUACGAGUGAGUAUUAAGAUAUGGAUUUUAUGUUUUACGAAAUAGGGUGCUGUUUUCUGUGGCACACAAAGAUGAGAUUAAGAACCGCUGAAAACCAAGGUACUUAUGGUAAUUGUUGCUGUUCAAUUAUGAGUAAUUUCAAUAAUGAUUUGAUCCAGUAAACCAUUCCUAAUAGAAGCAUUUAACCCUGAGUUAAAAAUAAUACUAAGUUCGUUGAACGUACUUAUUCUUUAUUCAGGAUUAUAUUUUCAAUUACCAGCGAAAUUGGUUCGACGUCGGCGUCCCGUGUUUGUUACCUAACAGAUGCAAAAAAUAGCUGUUUUUUCACGCUGGCGUCGGAGGUGUUAGAAAUUUAGGCCCUGGCUGUAACGAAUGUUGAGUUUUGUGCAAAUAUUAUCUCAGAGAAUAA